AUGCGGUGUUUCAUUUUGAGCGUGCUCUGCACUAUCCUGCUGCUAGGAACGAUAUCAUCAGCUUGGCCAUGGCGACCUUAUGGAGCGCUUCUGGGCGACUCCUUGGAUAAGCGAGCAGACACCGCAGAGACAACCGCUGAAACUUCCGAAACUACCGCCGAUUCCUCCACUGCCUCUAAGACUUCUACUGGAACCACCACCGGCACAAACACCGACACAACUACCAACACCAAAACUAAAACCGGAACUGCAACCGAUUCGGAGACUACCGACACUGCAACUGAUUCCGAGACUACCGGCAAAACAACUGGCACGAAGACAGGAAAAAGCAAGACUACCGCCACCACCUCGAUCUCAAUUGACCCUGCUGCCGCUGCUGGCGGUGUGUCCAUGAUCACCCCCGCUUCCUCAUCCACCACCUACUACAAGAUCGGCCAGGAUGUGACAUUCGUGUGGAACUACACCUCCCUGUCGGUCACACCGUCUGCGGUCAACGUCGUAGCUUCGUGCAGUCUCAACUCGAUGACAUAUACGCUCAGCUCCAACAUGACCGUCAAGCAAACUGGAAGCGUCGUGUGGGAUACUGGAAAAUACCAGAAAUCGGCCACUAUUCCGUUGCUUACCGCAUCGUAUACUCUGAUUAUCUAUGAUGCUAGCAAGGACAUCGGUGAUGCUGCGAGCGCUGGACACCUGAGCUCGCAGAACGGUGGUUACGUCUUUGGGAUGUACACCCCCCAGUCAUACACCCCACUCAAUCAAUUCAAGUGCGCCACCUGCAGCGGGGCCAUGUCCGAAACCAGUCGGCUAGCCGUCAAAUUUACCGUCGGCAUGGCCGUGAUUACCUUCGCUUCGUUCACCUGGUUUGCGGGUAGUGCUGGCGUCUUCGCCACUUGA